GCCGUCGGGCCGGGGGAGCGGAAGGGGCGCGGCGCGGGGCGGGGCGGGCGGUGAGGCCGGAUCCGGGCGCCAUUGCUUGCGGCGCCAUGACGGACCGGUACACGAUCCACAGCCAGCUGGAGCACCUGCAGUCCAAGUACAUCGGCACGGGGCACGCCGACACCACCAAGUGGGAGUGGCUGGUCAACCAGCACCGCGACUCCUACUGCUCCUACAUGGGCCACUUCGACCUGCUCAACUACUUCGCCAUCGCCGAGAACGAGAGCAAGGCGCGCGUCCGCUUCAACCUCAUGGAGAAGAUGCUGCAGCCCUGCGGGCCGCCCGCCGACAAGCCCGACGAGUCCUAGCCCGGCCCCCGGCCCCUGCCCCGGGAUGGAGCCGCCCGCCCGCAGCCAGCCCCGCAGCGCCCGGCCGCCCGCUGGCCUCGCAGCCCCCGGCCCCUCCGUCCUGCUCCGUGCGCGCCGGCGGGGAGGUGCUGGGACAACGCCUGCUCCCGGACAGUUUCUCGCAGUUCCACAGUUGUUCAAUUUCUCUCUCUCUUUUUUU